UGUCCAAUAUUGAACAGCUGAUAGACGCAGGCGUUAUAAAAAAAGGAACAAGGCAUGCGACAGCUGUGCGGGUGGGCAGAAAUAUGUGAAAAGUGGGUGUGUUAGCUGAGUAAAAACGCAAGAAAAAAUAAAAAAAACGCACAAGUCGCAAGCAAAAAUAAGAAUAAAUAAGCAUGAAUUGCGUGUAGUAACAAUAACACACCAUGGCCAGGCACACGGCUCAGACUUUAACAGCCGGCGGCCGUCUGGCGAAUACCAAAAAGCUCGUCUUGUGGUCUGUGGUGCUGGUGCAGGUGUGUUUCAUUGCCUGUAUUUGGCUGCUGCAGAACAAUCACAAUCAACUCCAACUGCAAUCCGGUAACAACAACAACGGAUUGGAACUAGAGGUGGGGCGUGUGCACUUCGUUCAGCAGACUAAGAAUGCCAAGAAGUCACUAGCGUCUACCCAUUGCCAGCGAGGUGAAAACAUUAAUCGAUAUCAACAAGAUUUCUAUCAAAUGAAAAUCGAUCAACUGAAUCGCUCUGCAGACUACGCUAUGCCGGCUUACAUGGAUAUGGAGUUGACUCCAACUCUUUGGUGCUAUAGUGAGGGCACGCUAAACGAAUCCCGACAGGGACGCAACAGCGUAGACUAUCUGCUGGCACAGCCACAGUGCAUGUGUGCCAGCGGCUGGCAUGGACGUGACUGUGGACAGCCGGAGAUUAUAUGGCGAGCACUGAUGACGCACAGUCGGGCCAGCAAGCGGGGUGGCAACGAAGCGCCAUUGAAGCUGCACGAGGCGAGCAGCACGUCAUUAAAACGCCUUUACUAUAUACUUAAUUUAGGUGCCUGGGAGCACAUUAAUAUGGAGUUGCUGGAACUGCAGCUGCGCACACUCAUCAAGGUUGUGGAUAUAUUUCUCAUAUACUACUAUGUCAGGGACAGCAAGGAGAGACUGAAACGGCGCACGCUCGAGCGCCAAUUGGACGCGAUGCCCAUUCCCAGCUAUCUGCUUUAUCAGUGCGAAGGUGUACAGAGUCAUGGGAACUGUAGCGGGGCGGCUGCCUACAGCUACUUUCGCCACCAGCUCUGGGCACGAUGCGGUGUGCAAAUGCAGCCCACAGAUUUGCUGUUGUAUGGCAAUGGAGAAACUGUUUAUGCGCCGGCGGCCUUGAAAUAUCUUAAAUAUUUUGCAGCUGAUGUGCUGCCAUUGCGCUUCAGGCUAAAGCACAACGUCUACGGCUUCUACUGGCAAUAUCCGCAGCUAACACGCUUGGAUGGGGUCAUUAGUUCCAUAGUGCAUGUUCACAGCGCUCAAAUGGACCCGCAAAGGCUGGAGCGACAAGCUACCUAUACGCUGGGCGAUCUCAAUCACUUUGGCGGCUGGAGCUGUGAGCUGUGCAUGCCGCCGGAGCAGAUUGUUCAGAUGCUAACAGCCAACCAAACUGGGAAUAGCCCAAAUAUACGAAUGCCCAACGAAACGAGAAGUUCACGCAUUGACGCCGACUACGUACAGCAACUAAUGGGCGCUGGCAUCCAUCUGGAUGGACGCACCAUGUUGCGAUUGCGGCAACAGAGUGAGAAAUAUUAUGCGCCAGAAACGGCGCUGCUUUAUAGCAGUCAAUUUGGACAAUUGCUAGUCAAUUUGUAUGAUACGAAUGCACUGGACGAUGUGCAGGAGGAUGAAGACUAAGACUAAGAAACAUCCAUAAUCCUACUCGGCUAUAUAUAUUAAUAUGUAUAUAUGCCUGCUUUCCCAUACAUCAAUCGAACUUAUAUGAUUUUUUUCUUCAUAUCAAACAUAUCGCCAUCAUUAUAGAUAUAUGCACAUCAUGCUCUAAUUUUUCAUUAAAAACAAUUCAAAAUUUAGUAUCUCAGCAGGCAGACAGCGCCGACAGACAGACAGAUCUGUGAUAAGAAACUAAACUAGAAAAGAAUUUAAAAAUGAUUCUCAAAUUUCAUGGAAUUUGCCGUUGUGAGUUAAGUUAAAAAUAUGUA